GCAUGAAGGCGCGUCCAAAAGGUUCUCAGCAAGUCUACGGCUCCACAGGGGAAUCAGGAUAAAAGUAUUCUGACUCUUGGGGUCUGCACUUGAUUUCCCCUCUCUUCUUCCAAGAAACAACACAAACUAAAUCAAACCAAAACCAUACCAGCACGGUUUCACAUCGUUGCUCCGUACAACCAAGUCACACUCACCGACUCUUUUUUUUUUUUUUAUUACACGACAACAACGUUUUUGAUACCCACGCAUUCCGUUUCUAAUUUUCUGUUUUCUUCACCAAGCUAUCCAUCAUGAAUUCAAAGAUGGAAUUCACCGACAGGGCCAAGAAGGCAUUGGAGGAUGCCAUGGCCUUGGCCGAACAAUACGCCCACAGCCAGCUCCUCCCCGUCCACCUGGCUGUCGCCCUUCUCGAACCCCUCCCAGACCAGUCCAAGGACCAGCAGAACGGUCCUAAGGGCACCCAGCACACCCUCCUGCGGCAAGUUGUCGAGCGAGCACACGGCGACCCGCAGCUCUUCGACCGAGCCCUCAAGAAGACCCUCGUCCGCCUGCCCAGCCAAGAUCCUCCGCCAGAGAAUGUCUCCAUGGCACCCACCUUCAACACUGUCCUUCGUAAGGCAAUGGAACUACAAAAGGUGCAGAAGGAUAGCUACAUCGCCGUCGACCACCUGAUCACGGCGCUUGCUGAGGAUGCCGGCAUUGCCAACUGCCUCAAGGAGGCCAACAUUCCCAAACCAAAAUUGGUGCAGGAUGCCGUGCAAACCAUCCGCGGCACGAAGAGGGUGGACUCCAAGACCGCCGACACUGAGGAGGAAUCUGAGAACCUAGCCAAGUUUACCAUCGACAUGACCGCCAUGGCGCGGGAAGGCAAAAUCGACCCCGUCAUCGGCCGUGAAGAGGAGAUUCGGCGAGUCAUCCGAAUCUUGUCUCGCCGUACCAAGAACAACCCCGUCCUCAUUGGCGAGCCUGGUGUCGGCAAGACAACCGUCGUGGAGGGUUUGGCACAGCGGAUUGUCAAUGCCGACGUGCCCGACAACCUGGCCCAGUGCAAGCUGCUCUCGCUCGAUGUGGGUGCCCUGGUUGCCGGUUCCAAGUACCGAGGCGAGUUCGAGGAGAGGAUGAAGGGCGUGUUGAAAGAGAUCGAGGACUCGAAGGAUAUGAUUGUUCUUUUCGUCGAUGAAAUUCACCUGCUCAUGGGUGCCGGCUCUUCCGGUGAGGGCGGCAUGGACGCAGCCAACCUUUUGAAGCCCAUGUUGGCCCGAGGCCAACUCCACUGUAUCGGUGCCACCACUCUCGCCGAGUAUCGCAAGUACAUCGAGAAGGAUGCCGCCUUCGAACGUCGAUUCCAACAGGUCCUGGUCAAGGAGCCCUCGAUUCCCGAGACCGUCUCCAUCCUUCGAGGUCUCAAGGAAAAGUACGAAGUCCACCAUGGUGUCACUAUUGCCGACAGCGCCAUUGUCGCUUCUGCCAGCCUUGCUGCCCGGUAUCUCACCUCUCGACGCCUGCCCGACUCUGCCGUUGAUCUCAUUGACGAGGCCGCGGCAGCUGUCCGGGUAGCCCGGGAGUCGCAGCCAGAAAUCAUCGACUCCCUGGAGCGGCGCCUGCGGCAACUCAAAAUUGAAAUUCACGCCUUAUCCCGCGAAAAGGACGAUGCAUCCAAGACGCGCCUUCAACAAGCCAAGCAGGAUGCUGCGAACGUUGAGGACGAGCUGCGGCCCCUGCGCGAAAAGUACGAGAGCGAGAGAAAGCGUGGCAAGGACAUCCAGGAAGCUAAGAUGAAGCUCGAUCAGCUCAAGGUCAAGAUGGAGGAUGCCAGCCGGAUGGGCGACACUGCUCGCGCUGCCGACCUUCAAUACUAUGCCAUUCCUGAACAGGAAGCCAACAUCAAGCGACUGGAGAAGGAGAAGGCUACCGCCGAUGCUGCUCUCCACGCCAACGGUGGCGACGGCGGCUCCAUGAUCACUGAUGUCGUAGGACCAGACCAGAUCAACGAGAUCGUGUCUCGCUGGACCGGCAUACCCGUCACCCGUCUCAAGACUUCCGAGAAGGACAAGCUCCUGAAGAUGGAGAGUGCUCUCGGAAAGGUUGUCGUUGGUCAGAAAGAGGCUGUUCAGGCCGUCUCAAACGCCAUCCGCCUUCAGCGGUCCGGCCUGAGCAACCCCAACCAGCCCCCAAGCUUCCUGUUCUGUGGUCCUUCUGGAACAGGCAAGACGCUGCUGACCAAGGCUCUCUCGGAAUUCCUCUUCGACGAUCCCAAGGCCAUGAUUCGGUUCGACAUGUCCGAGUACCAGGAGCGCCAUGCCCUCAGCAGAAUGAUUGGUGCCCCCCCUGGAUACGUUGGACACGAUGCCGGUGGUCAGCUUACAGAGGCCCUCCGCCGCAAGCCGUUCUCUAUCCUUCUCUUCGAUGAAGUCGAGAAGGCGGCCAAGGAGAUUCUGACUGUUUUGCUCCAGCUGAUGGACGACGGUCGCAUCACUGAUGGCCAAGGACGUGUCGUCGACGCCAAGAACUGCAUCGUCGUCAUGACUUCCAACCUGGGUGCUGAGUACCUCGCCCGCCCCAACGCAAAGGACGGCAAGAUCGACCCGACCACUCGGGAGCUCGUCAUGAACGCUCUGCGGAACUACUUCCUGCCCGAGUUCCUCAACCGUAUCAACUCGAUCGUCAUAUUCAACCGUCUUACCCGGAGGGAGAUUCGCAAGAUUGUCGAUGUUCGCAUCAGCGAGAUCCAGAAGCGCCUCUCAGAUAACGAUCGGCAUGUCUUCAUCUCCGUAUCCGAUGAAGCUAAAGACUACCUGGGAAAUGCUGGCUACUCCCCAGCCUAUGGUGCUCGUCCACUGUCGCGCCUGAUCGAGAAGGAGAUCCUCAACCGCCUCGCGGUCCUUAUCCUGCGGAACAACGUCAGGGACGGCGAAGCGGCGCGCGUCGAGCUGGUGGAUGGCAAGAUUACCGUUCUGCCGAACCACCCAGAUUCCGAUACAGAGGACGAAGAUAUGAUACUGGACGACGAGGAGGAUGCUGUGGAUGAGAUUGUCAAGGACGACAUGGAUGAGGACAUCUACGAUUGAGUUUCUCUUCCUCUCACUUCACAGGCAAACGGCGUUGGGCAAGCAUGGUUAUGAGUUACGAAUAUUAAUACAGCAUCGUCAAAUUGCGAUGUUUUGGGAGGCAAUAUGAUUUGGCGUUUAUGCUUGCAAGGGAUGUCAAGACUGAAAAGAUCCUAGUAGAUAGAUAGUCUUCAACAUGAUACAUCUGCAAUCAAACU